AUGCCCAUUUUUAACAACCAUACUCAUAUUCAUAAUCCCCCAUCAGCAAGAACUGUCUCGUCAAUCUCCAUCCCUUCGACACGGCGCGAAUUUCCCCAGUCUGGAUUCAAAACGAUACCACCCACGAAACGCAUCGAAGAAGAACGGCUACCGUCGUACAGACCCGAGGACUAUUAUCCUGUCUAUAUCGGUGAGGUGUUUAGAUCGCGAUAUCAAGUCGUGUGUAAAUUGGGAUACGGCACGUCGUCCACUGUGUGGCUAUGUCGGGAUUUAUGGAACAACCAAUACCUAACUCUCAAAGUCUGCGUGCGAGCCGGACGCAAAAACCACGAAAUCACCAUCUCGAACUACCUCAAGAACCAGAACCGCGCCCUCAACCAUCCAGGCAGGAAGCGCGUACGGAUCGUUAUCGAUUGCUUCGACAUUCACGGGCCCCACGGGACGCAUAAUUGUCUGCUCUAUGAGACGCUCGGACAGAGUUAUACGGAUCUGAUCAGCUCUCUGCCGGAUGGGGACAGGAAUAGCUUACCGAAGGAUCUGCUUCAGAGGGGCAUAACUUUGCUGCUUAUGGCGUUGGAUUAUCUUCAUGAAGCGGGGGUGGUUCAUACAGACGUUUCCUCAAACAACCUCCUCCAAGGAAUCGAAGACCCUUCAAUCCUCUCACGGAUGGAAGAAGACGAAAUGAAACAUCCCACAGCGCGAAAAAUCCUCCCAGAUCGUCAUAUCUACUGUUCUCGCCAAAUGCCUCCGAGCGCGGGAUUCCCUGUCCUAUGCGAUUUAGACCAGGCCCGAAUCGGCUGCGAGAAACAACACGGGGAUAUCAUGCCGGGAAUAUACCGAGCGCCAGAAGUGAUAUUGGACAUGGAAUGGAAUGAAAAGGUUGAUAUUUGGGCUGUUGGGAUGACUGCAUGGGACCUCUUCGAAGGCAGCCAGAUGUUCUUUGCGCGUCGAAACGGCCUCCUCAGCAACGAAGAACACCUCGCAGAAAUGGUCUCCUUACUCGGUCCUCCCCCUGCUGACUUUCUUCGAAGAAGCGAGAGAAGUUGGCGCUAUUUUGACGAUCGAGGAACAUGGAAAGGAACCAUCCCCAUUCCGAACGAAACGCUUCAAAGUCGCGAACAUAAACUCUACCCGAACGACCAGCACCAUUUCAUCUCUUUUCUCCGAAAAAUCCUCCGAUGGAAGCCUGAAGAGAGGCCGUCGGCGGCAGAGCUCGUGACGGAUGAUUUCCUCCUCGCUGGGAUCGGAGAGACGAGGGAGUCGAUUAUGAGAAGAAAGUGA